CUGUCCGACUUUGCAACCCAUCCAUUCUUUUCAUCCCUUAUAAUGACCUACAAGCUAUACAACUACGACCCGUCAGAGGCCUCGGCCAUUCCUUUCUGUGCCGUUUUUGGGCUUGCAACUCUCAUUCAUUUGGUCCAAUUGAUUCGGGCUCGAAGUUGGUUCAUGAUUUCAUUUACCAUCGGGGUUACAUUCGAAGCUAUCGGUUACCUAUGCAGAUACAUCAACUCGACCGAAACACCUGACUGGCAGUUGAAGCCCUACAUCGGCCAGAGUCUCUUCCUCCUACUCGCUCCGGCCCUUUUUGCGGCCUCUAUCUAUAUGAUUCUCGGUCGACUGAUUGUUGCCUUGAAUGCUGGCUCGAGCUCCAUUAUACGACCGUCCUGGUUGACGAAAAUAUUUGUCAUCGGUGAUGUUCUGUCGUUCAUGAUGCAGUCUGGAGGCGGAGGCUUUCUUGCUAGUGCCAAAACGCCCGAUCAAGUCAACAUGGGCGAACACAUGAUCCUCGGCGGUCUGUUUGUUCAAUUAUUCUUCUUCGGGUUCUUCAUCCUCGCCUCGGUCAUCUUCCAUCGUCGCAUGGCCGCCUCGCCGCUUCGUUACAUGGGAGACAGCACUAUUCCUUGGAUUCGCUGCAUGAAGGUUCUUUAUGCCGUCAGUGGCUUGAUUAUGGUCCGAUCGAUUUACCGUGUGGUUGAAUAUGCCCAGGGAAGUGAUGGUGCUCUUCAGAGCAAGGAGGCGUUUCUCUAUGUGUUUGAUGGUACUUUAAUGCUGAUAUGUUGUCUGGUACUCGUCGUUUUCCAUCCGAGCAAGUUGCUGGGGGGACAUACUUAUCAGAAGGCCGACGAAGUUGAGAUGUUGACAGGUGGUCGUGAGGAGAGAUUGACUUAUCCAUGA